AUGUCCUCCGGCGGCUUUGAAACGCUGCCGAACGGUGCGUCUAGCACCAUCAAGCCAUGGAGAGUGGAUAUCCCGCAGGAGAGUCUCGAUGAGCUGAACGUCCUACUCAAACGGACGCCCCUCGCACCACCAACGUACGAGAACUCUCUUCCAGACGCCGAGGACAGACAUCUAGGCGUGAGACGAGACUGGCUCACCGCAGCCAAAAAGCAUUGGGAAGACGGCGGGUUCGACUGGAGGAAAAAGGAAGAAUACAUCAACACGUUCCCACACUUCAAAGCGCAGAUCCACGACGACGCUCUGUCAAGCGACUUCGACAUCCACUUCGUGGCACUGUUCUCCAAGCGCAGCGAUGCUAUCCCAAUCGUGUUCGUGCACGGCUGGCCCGGCAGCUUCCUGGAAUUCCUGCCUAUGCUCGAACUGCUCCGCUCCCGAUACAAGACCGCGGACGAGCUCCCUUACCACCUCAUCGUCCCCAGCCUGCCUGGCUACACGUUCUCCUCAGCACCACCACUCGACAAGAACUUCACCAUCGACGACGCGGCGCGGCUCUUCGACCGCCUGAUCGUUCACGACCUCGGUCUCUCGGCAUACGUCGCGCAAGGCGGGGACGUGGGCGGGCGAGUCGCACGCAGCCUGGCAAGCCAGUACGAGCACUGCAAAGCGGCGCACCUCAACACGGCCCCCAUGCCCGCGCCGGACCCGUCGAGGCUGCAAAGCCCCAUCAGCGCGCUGGAGCACGAAGGCAUCGAGCGCGGCAACCAGUUCACGCAGACGGGCAGCGCGUACGCGAUCGAACACGCCACGCGCCCGAGCACCAUCGGGUUCGUGCUGUCGAGCAGCCCAGUCGCACUGCUCGCGUGGAUCGGCGAGAAAUUCAGGGACUGGACUGACGCCGACCCGCCCCUCGACACCAUCCUCGAGUCCGUCGCCCUGUACUGGCUCACCAACUGCGCCGCCACCAGUCUCUGGUCGUACCGCCAGGUCUUCGGGCCGGACGCACAGACGCAUUCGUCCGAGAAGUGGUACAUUGGCAAGCCCUUUGGUUUCUCGUGGUUCAAGAAGGAAAUCUCACCCGUGCCCAAGGCUUGGGUCGAGCUUACGGGGAACUUGGUCUUUCAUCGCCAGCAUGACAAGGGUGGUCAUUUCGCGGCCCUGGAGCACCCGCAGGUCUUGUGGGACGAUGUCGAGCAGUUUCUGGCCCAGGUACGCGGCCAGUGUGGGUUUUGA